CCCCGCAGCAGCUGACUGGUUCGUCCUGCUGCCUCCGAACUGUGACGGAACCGACCGAGCAGAACCGAACUGGGUCCGAGCCGAAGGAGCGUCUUUAAUCAGAGAUAAACGGAGAUAUUUGACACUUUAUUUCCCUGUAACGCGUUAAACCACCGCACUGGGCAGGAUGACGGUUCUGACCAGCUGGGAGCUGUGCGUCAAGUACGCCCUGUUCAUCUUCAAUUUCGUCUUCUGGCUUGCAGGAACCGGCGUGUUGGCGGUCGGACUGUGGCUGCGAUUCGACUCCAGGACGGCGGGACUGUUUGAAGGACAAGACUCGCCGUCGGUCUUCUUCACCGGCGUGUACAUCCUGAUCGCGGCGGGCGCCCUGAUGAUGGUCGUGGGCUUCCUGGGAUGCUGCGGAGCCAUCAAAGAGUCGCCGUGCAUGCUGGGAUUGUUCUUCUUCUUCCUGCUCAUCAUCUUCGCCGUGGAAGUGGCUGCCGGGAUCUGGGGUCUCUCCAACAAGGACCGGGUGGUCGAGGACGUGACCGAGUUUUACAAGCAGACCUACGCCAACUACAAGGACACCAGACAGGAGGCGCUGAAGGAGACGCUGAGGCUCAUUCACUUUGGACUGGACUGUUGCGGCCCGACGGGAACCGUGAUCGACGCCGCCAAAGACAUCUGCCCCAAGAAGGAGGGCCUGGAGGUCCUCAUCACCACGAGUUGUCCGGCCGCCAUCGACGAGAUGUUCAACAACCGGCUGCACAUCAUCGGUGGAGUCGGCAUCGGCAUCGGAGUCAUCAUGAUCUUCGGGAUGAUCUUCAGCAUGAUGCUCUGCUGCGCCAUCAAGAGGUCCAGGGACUUUGUGUAAAGCGACACAACAAACACACAAACCCGCCGUCCGUCUUUAACUCACGUGUCCCCACUUUUACAAGCUGCCGCUUUAGACUUGAGAGCAGAUUAAUCGGUAGUGACCGUCGGCUCCGUGCAGGAUGGCCUCGUCGACCUGUGAGCGCAUGGAAGCCGACGCCUCUUUAACUUUCCCGCUCUGCAGGGAGAUCACAUUUGAACCCCGAGUAAACUGAACAACAAGGCGUUUGUGGUAUCAUGAAUCAGAAUCACACCACAGGUUGGUCACCGGCGGGACAGCGGAGCCCUGUGCGACUCUGCUGCCCCCUGGUGGACAGUCCUGUUUUUAUCCCUGUGGUUUCUCCUAUAACAUAAACCUCGGUUCUGUUUACUGCGCUAAAGGUUUGUGAGCUGUCGUCUAACAGGCUUUCUGCGGCUAACUGAUGUUACUGUGACCCCCGUGUUUUAUUUUGAGGCUGCAUGUUAGAAGCUUUUUUUUUUUUCUCCCCCUUUUUCUUUUUUUUUAUAUAAAUAUAUAUAUAAAAGCAGAACUGUGGAGUUUUAUGCAAAUAUUUUGAUGAAUGCAGUUCAGAUUUGUCUUUAAGAUGCCAAAUAAAUGAACUAAUAAAACAGUGA